AUGGAUCUUCUGAGUCAGUUGCAGAAACAGAUUGCUGAUUUCUCAGCUUCUCUCUACCGGGAGGGUUUUGUGGACGAUCAGUUUACUGGGUUGAAGAAGCUGCAAGAUAAGAGCAGUCCUGGUUUUGUGGUGGAAGUUGUGUCUCUUUUCUUUGAAGAUUGUGAGAAGCUCGUUAACAAUAUGGCCAAAGCUUUAGAACAGCAGAUUGUAGAUUUCAAGCAGGUAGAUUCUCAUGUUCAUCAAUUGAAGGGUAGUAGUUCCAGCAUUGGUGCAGCAAGAAUUAAAAAUAUCUGCAUUGCCUUCAAGACUUAUAGUGAAGCCCAAAACCGUGAAGGGUGUGUGAGGUGCCUCCAACAAGUGAAUCAUGAGUGCAUUCAAUUGAAGAACAAUCUUCAAACCUUAUUCCAGCCUUCAGUCAACUGGCCAGACGUCAAUUCUGAUGCAGUUGUCAAGAAUAACCUUAGGCAACAUCGUCCCAGGGUUAGGGUGACCAAAGGAUGGGCUUGUGGUGUCUGGAAAAUGUGGUACUCCGCCUCCUCUAAAAGCCUGCAAUUGAGGAGAAAUGGUCCCAAAGUUUCUUAUGGAGAAGAAGCAUCCUGGUCAGUAGGGUUUCUUGGUCAUGUGCAGUUAUUGAAAGAUGUCUGUCGCCGUGGACAGUGGGUUGUUGACACUGAAGAUAUUGUUAUGGUUCCUUGGGCAGAAACUACCAUUAUAAAGCUUUUGCUGACGAUUAGGACGCAGUUAGCAAAACAGUUAAAGCUGAUCCCAAGAAGGAAUCAAGCUCUUGCAAGUUGCAAGGGAAAGAACUUCAGAAGGCCGGAUGUUCCUCAGUGGAUGAACAUUGAGACGCUCUGGAGGACAGAGACAGCACAGGGAAGGAUACAUGAGUCUACGUAUGCUGAUAAUGGAAGCAAGAGUGCAAAUCCAAAAGCUAACUCCUCUUGCCUCCAGAAUGGGAAGACCGCACAUGCAUAUGAUGACCGAUAG